AUGUCUAGAUUUCAGUCCCGACUACCCUCUAUGCAGCCUGAGGAUCGCUUCGAUCAGCGCUCGACAGAGGGCCCGCCGACGGAAAGCACACGCGAACUACCGGGAGUUUCUGAAGGGCGACUACCGUGGAGACUGACUCGAACAAACUACCAGCUCAUUGCGACCGUCGUAGAAAGCUACUCGGCGGUGCUUCCCCGGGGAUUCGUCUUCCCCUCCAGGCAUGCCCUUUGCCGCUACGUCGAGGGCUUCUUUGGUGGAUUCCAUGAGCACUUGCCCGUAAUCCAUAUCCCAACCUUUACUCUAGCGACGGAAGCCCCUGAGUUGAUACUCGCCAUUGCCUCUGUCGGGGCAAGAUAUCGUUUCCAGACAAGCCAGUCUCACCAUCUCUAUUUCGCGGCAAGAGCACUGCUUGAAGACCAACUACGGCACCGCGAUGGCUACAAGCCCAAGGCUCCAGUUUUUGACAUUCCCGGCUCAUUCCCAACUCUGCCUCAGCUCGAGAGCACCUUGCUUGCGGAUGCACCGCCGAGCCAUUUGCAAAACAAUCACGCCCCAACUUCCACAGAGCGGGACCUGCAGACAAUGCACGCCAUGAUUCUUCUGAUAGCCCUUGGCACCUGGAAUGACCGAUCACUUCUAAGAGAUGCUUUCUCCACGGCAAGCCAACUCGCCCUACUUGUGCGGGAACAGAUCUCGUCGCUUUCCGAGCCUGAUUCACAACACCAAAGCUGGCGGGAAUGGAUUAAGUCGGAAGGUAGGCGACGGACCAUUUUUGUGGCCUACUGUUUCCUCAAUCUCCAUUCCGUUGCCUACAAUAGCUCACCCAAGAUCUUGAACAGAGAGAUGGGAUCAUUACUUCUCCCCUCUCCCGAGUCUCAUUGGAGAGCGGAGAGCCAAGAGAGCUGGCAGCUCGCCCGCGACAAGGACAUCCACUCUGGACUUUCCCUCGAGGAGGCGUACAGCAGUCUAUUCAAUCCAGACUCAUCUAGGCGAGCAGCUUCGUCUUUUGGGAAUUACGUGCUAGUUCACUGCAUCAUCCAACAUAUCUUCUUCGCACGGCAGUUACAAUUUCCCAGCGCCACGGCCUCCUCUCUGGCCCCUGGUGUUCUUGGCCGGCUUGAUUCGGUUCUGAAGAGUUGGCAACUAGGCUGGGAGGCGACAAAGGACUCUUCUUUUGACCCAUCCGCGCCUGGUGGACCACUGAGCUUCAAUGCAACAGGCUUAUUUCGCCUGGCCUAUAUCCGCCUUCAUAUAGACCUUGGACCUUGCCGUCAACUAGAGCUUCGUGAUCCUGGCACGAUAGCUCGUGCUUUUAGUAAUGCUCCGUUACUUGAGCGCUCUGCAUCAGUUGCCCGAGCGGUUCUCCAAUGCGCACACUCGCUCAGUAUUCCUGUCCGCAUCGGUGUCGAAUUUGUAGCUAGAACUCAAACAUUGACUUGGAGCAUCGUCCACAGUCUGUGCAACUUGGAGUGUGGUCUCUUCUUAGGGAAGUGGCUACAGACCAUUGCUGCUGUACUAAAGCGUGGAGAGCCGCUGAGGGAUGACGAGCAGCGGCUCCUGGGCAUUAUCACAAGCAUUGUGAAUGAGACCGAGUUAUGUCUCCAAGUCCAAUAUGAGCAAGACCAGGUACAAAAGAUCAGUCAAGUAGCGGCUGCAGUUAUCCGUCUUUGGGCCCAUACUUUCAAGGGUGCGCAUGUAUUCGAGAUUAUGGGGCUGAUAGGGGCGGGCUUGGAUCUUUGCGCCGAUAUGCUCUGA